AUGGUGAGGGAAAACAAACGAUUUGUGGCGCUUCUCUGUGAACACAAAAAUAGGCCCAUCCUACGUUUCCAGGAAGGUCUUUGUGCUCAUAUAUAUGACGGGCAGCUUGGCGAAGUGAUGUCGCUGGCCAUUCGUGUGAUCAACUUUAAUGUUGCCCGAGCCUCAAAUGAUCGACAGCUUAAAACACUGAUGGAUGAAGUUGGAAGUAACUAUCAUGGUCUGAUUUUGCACAGCAAUGCACGUUGGUUGUCAAAAGGGGAGAUGCUUAGCCGUUUUGCAGCUUGCCUGAAUGAAAUCCGGACGUCCCUUGAAGUGAAGGGCAUUGAGUAUCGUAUGCUAGCCGAAACUGAGUGGCUCCUCAUGUUUUACUAUCUCGUGGACAUGACCGAACAUCUGAACCAAAUAACGUUAAAUUGCAAGGCAAUGGAAAUGCAGUGUUAUCUCUUUAACAAUCCGUGUGUGCUUUAA